AUGUAAUCUAAAACUCUAAUAGUGUUGCUUAUGGUAACGAUGGCAGUUGCAACAGAGAGUCCUGUACUUUAACAAUUAAGAAAUAAAUUAGCCUAAAAUGAUAACUAUAAUUCACAAUUGGUUGAAUUGUUAGAAUUAAGUUUGGCAGGUGGAUAGUUGGAUAAAGUGUUCGAAUUGCUAUAAAAAAUGGUUGAUGAUUUAACAGGAUAAAUUAAUGCAGCAAAUUUGGAUCAUGCUUCAAGAAUGGCUGCUUUUGAAUCAAGUAUUGAGUAAUUAGAAGCUAAUUUGGCAUCAUUAUCAAGUGAAGUAUAAUCAAACAACAGAAAAAUUGGUGAUAUCACUUAAGCUAUCUCUACUCUUACUUCUACUAGUGUGGCUGUAAAAAAAUAAUUAGAAACAAUCAAUCAAAGAGAGGAACAAAUUAGAGAUAAUAGAUAGAGAGAGGUUUAAGCUUUGGAAACAAAGUAAUCUGCUGGUGCAAAGAUUUUAGCAGCAUUAGAAGAUAUUCACGAUAGAUUAGUAAAGGCAGUUCUUUCAAAUACAGGCUCAUUUUUAGAGGAAAGUGAAAAAUAAGAAAUGAUCAAAUAAGUCAAAAAAGAAUUAGGACGUACACACCCACUAGCAUUAUUAUUAGAAUUCUCAUCUAAAUUUGAUGAGGCUACUGCCAAGAGGGCUAUUGAAUUGAUUGAACAAAUCAUAGCAUCCAUCAAAGAAGGACAAGUAAACAGAGAAUCAAAUCAAACAGCAGUUGAAGAAAACUUCAAUUCUUUAGUGAAUGAAGUCACUGUUGUGAGAGAUAAAUUACAAUAGGAUAAUCAAAAAACUACCAGUGCUUUGAAGAACAAAUAGAAUGAUUUGAAAAUUACUCAAAGAAGAAACAAAUAAUUAUAAUAAAAUGAAGCCAAUACUUAAUAAUUAUUAGAAACUACAAGAGUCCAAAAAGAUUUAUAUGAUUCAAAUUUCAGAUCCAAUGCAAGCAAGAGAGAAGGCUAAUUGAAUUCGUUAAAGACUGCUUUAUAAAUUUUGAGAGACAACGAAUAAGCAUUGAAAAAAUGAUUUGAUUUAUUCACAACAACAAAACACGAUAAUUUUUUAUCAUCGAUAUAUAUCCAAA